CUUAAAGAUUCGAAGAAGACGCUAUUUUGCCUCAGCCUCCGAUAUAUAAAUUCCCAUAACUCUUCUUCUCUUCUCCACAAUUUCAUUUCCAUCUCUCAAAUUUCUUCUUCUUCUUCUCUCUCUCGGCCAUGGAGUGGACCAGAGGCCCCGCCGUCGGCCGCGGCUCGUCGGCAACCGUCUAUUUGGCCACAGCCGCCUCUUCCGGCCACCAAUUCGCCGUUAAAUCCACUGACCUCUCUUCGUCGGCGUUUUUGCAGAAAGAACACGCUCUUCUCUCCAAUUUGAGCUCCCCAUUCGUGAUCAAGUGUUUCGGGUUCGAAAUCGAAACCGAAUCCUUCAAGCCGGCGGUGUUCAAUCUGUUCAUGGAGUAUUUGCCGGAGUCGCUGUGGGAUGCGAUUCAGAGCCACGGCGGCCGGAUGGGGGAACCGAUGAUCGGAGCAUAUACGCGGCAGAUUCUCAAAGGCUUGGAGUAUCUCCACGCCAAUAAAUUGGCACAUUGCGAUAUCAAGAGCCGGAAUCUGUUAAUGGGUGAAAGUGGACUCAAAAUCGCCGAUCUGGGUUGUGCGAAAUUUGUGGACAGAGUCGCCGGAAUUGGAGAUGGGGGUUUUUCCGGUACGCCGGCGUUCAUGGCGCCGGAGGUUGCGAGGGGUGAGGAACAGGGGUUUGCGGCGGAUGUUUGGGCCGUUGGAUGUACUGUCAUCGAGAUGGCCACCGGCGACCGUCCGUGGCCGGAGAUGGAUGAUCCGGUGGCGGCUCUGUAUAAAAUUGGGUUUUCCGGCGAGUCGCCGGAGGUUCCGGUGUGGUUUUCGGAGAGGGCAAAGGAUUUUGUCGCCAACUGUUUGAUAAAAGACCCCAAAGAACGAUGGACGGCGAAAGAGCUUCUUGAGCAUCCGUUUCUUCAGGGCUUUGAUUCUGAAUCGCAAAUCGAAUGCUCGAGGAAGAAGACGACGGAUUUGGGUUCUUCUCCGAGCUGCGUUUUGGAUCAGAGCUUCUGGGAUUCAAUGGAGGAUUCGGAAACUCCAUUAAAGCUGAUCGAUCAAGCUCCUUGGUCGGAUCCUCCGGCUGAGAGGAUCAGAAGAUUGAGUGGAAAUUCGUCUGAUUUGGAUUGGGAAUGGGAUGAUCGAGAUUGGAUCAUGGUCAGAAACAAUGGCGUCGGCGGAGGAAGCCAUGGAAAUGGAUCUGUGAGCUCAGAUUCAUCUCUGACAGUUGAAGAAGAAGAAGGAGAAGGGGAAAAUCUCAACGUAGAAGAAGAUUUUGUGCUGUUUUGUUUAGGUGAGGAUUAUUUUAUUAGUAGUGUAAAUAGUGGGAGAGGAGGAUUAGAAGUGAGAUUUGAGUGUGAUUUUGUGUUGGAAAUUGUGGAAUUUGGAGGACCAAAUGAGUAUUGUUCUUCUUCAUUAAUGCAAAUUGAUCUCUUGUUGCAUUUUCCGUCCAUAUAA